AUGCUCAACACGACGAUAAAAUUGACGCACGUUACUCCAGUCCCCGGAUAUAUGUCCCGAGAAGACGCCUUGUCGCGCCUGCAUGACGCAGAAAAUCAUAUCAAAAGCGACCCAAACUUGACACACUGGAACCCUCGAACACCUCAAGUCCCUCCUACAGUACCUGAAGAUGUUGAUGCCAUUGCUACGACUGAGUCAUAUACAGUUAUUGACACUGUCCCGACCCACCUUCCAAAGGCGUUACCCAAGGGCAUGCUGGAGAAGAAGAGUGUCAGCGAAUACGAGUUCACUUUCACAACAGAUGGCAGUUUUGUUCGCAUACAUUGCCCACUCAACGUUCUUAUGGAGACGCGCUGGAGGAUUCGGAACGCGAGUGGUGGUGGUCUUGAACUGGAAGAGAAAGUCAACGCCCAUUGUUAUCGUUUCUUGGCUCCUCUAGUGAAGGGAGAGUUGGAGAAGAAUUGGAAGGAGGUUCAUCAGAAGAUUCUGAUCAGGAAAGGAUGA